ACUCCUCCGGAUCCUGUCGCACGUCCGCCGCCCGCGCCAUGCUGCCGGACGUGCCCGCCAUGCCACGGCUGGACGAGACGGUGCGGCUCGGAUGCGCCCGUCACGACCCGUGCGUCGAGCUGGGGCCGAAAGAAGAGGUCUCCAAGCCAACGGAACAGCGAUUUGGAAUCGACUUGCAUUUCGCUUUCUCGAAGAGCACCGUCAACUCCAUGGUGGACAGCGUCUCCCAGCUCGUCCACCAGACCGCCGCCCCGCCGCCGCCCUCGGCGCUGCUGGCGCCCCCGGCGCCGCCGAAGCCGCCACCGGCCGCCGAGGCCUCGGGCUACUGGACCCGACCUCCGCCUCGCUUGUGUCCGCCGCCCGCCGCCAGCAUCGCACGGCAAGCGAAGGAGGCAGAACUGUUAUCUCCGCAGACAUUGUCCCCCUGGGUCCUACCCGCUGUGGAGAAAGUGGGUGCUCCCAGCGGCCCCAUGGCGGAGCACGAAGCGCAGCUGCUGGGCAGGUUGCUCCAAGGUCUGCAGGAGAGCAGUUUGUCGGUUCACGACGUGAUGGGAGUCAUGGAGUUGGACCUGAAGCGUCCCAACUACGGCGCCUCCCUCGCUGAGACCGUGGCGGCCCAGGGCUCCGCCACGCCGGUCGCCGGCGCCGCGCCGGUCGCCGCGGGCGCUGGAGAUGCUGCGGGCGCGGUCGACGCCUGCGCGCGGUGCCGAGUCUUAGAGCGACAGAUCCAAGCCUUGGCGCAGGCCUUAGCAGGACUCGGCGCACGGGUCUUCAACUGGACCGCUUCUGGCCUUUCACUCAGGUCGCAGAAGACUUUCCUUUGGGACAUGACUCAGCAAUACCUGCAGCCAUGUGCUCACUUGGAUGGCCGCCUAGCAGAGACAUGCUCCUCGCUGGCAGCCGCCCUCAAACGCGACUCGCGGAAGGUGCCACUGGCAGCACCAGGAGGACAUGGUUUGACCAGCUCCCCCCGCAGAGAUGAGCAGCCCAGACCAGGCGCCAUGGCAGCGCCCGUGACUGAAGAGGUGCUUGUCUCUUUCAAAGCCACCUCUGAAGCAAAGAAGCUCAACGGCGUCUACCGGCGCCGGACGGAUCUCCAGGUGAAUGGGCGCCCGGUCUAUUGCAAUGGCAAUCGGCACCUCCUUUUCAUGGCCGAUGGUGCUUGGGUCAUCAAAGAAGGUCCCAGCAGCGAGGAGGGGGCCUACGCGGGAGGACUCAGAGGCACAAGAGCCGUUUGGUGUUCGAAGACCCUGGCAGGUCAUGGAUGACCGGGACGGCUUCGUGGUGGAACGGGAGGGGCUGGUGAGGCGCAAUGUUCGCUGAAUCUACGACCUCGCCCAGAAAAGAGAAAA